AUGAAGCCCGUCGUCAGUGCCAUGCACGCAUGGUCGUGCACCGUCAUCUCCUUGUUCGCCAUCGUCAUUCUCAGCAUCCUUGGUGGUCUCUACCGGAGCGGCCACGAAGAGUUUGUUGGCGGCCGCGAGGAUCCAGAGGAUGGCGAGGUCGUCGCUGGCACCAUCUUCACAGCCGUCAUCGUCUACGCUGGAUUCUUCGUUUUUUGCGGGCUGCAGGGCUUGCUCCACGUCCGAGAACGUCGAAGAGGCGCAAUCGCUUUGUGA